AUGCAAGAAACGGCGAGCGCGGCGAUUCCCGGACACGGCGAGGCGUCGGACGUGGUGAUGUCAGGCCUGUCGGGCCGCCUGCCCGAGUCCGACAACAUCGAGGAGUUUGCGCAGCAGCUGUUCGCCGGCGUGGACAUGGUCACCGAUGACGGCCGCCGCUGGACGCCGGGCAGGUCCGGGAUGCCUGAACGGAGCGGCAAGCUGAAGAGCCUGGCGCACUUCGACGCGGCCUUCUUCGGCGUGCACGCCAAGCAAGCGCACCUCAUGGACCCGCAGCUGCGGCUGCUGCUGGAGGUGACGCACGAGGCGCUCGUGGACGCCGGCCUCUGCCCCGCCGAGCUGCGCGGCUCCCGCACCGGCGUCUACGUGGGCACGGCGUCUUCCGAGUCCGAGUAUCACUGGAACGCGGACGCGGACAAUAUCACCGGCUACACGGCAACCGGUUGUACCCGCAGUAUGUUUGCUAACCGGGUAUCCUACACGUUUGACUUCAAGGGGCCAUCGUUCAGCCUUGACACCGCCUGUGCCAGUUCCAUGUUCGCGCUGGUGCAGGCCGUUGAUGCCAUCCGAUACGGACACUGCGAUGCCGCCGUGGUCGCCGGUACACACGUCUGCCUCGACCCGCACACAGCCUUAAACUUUCAUCGGCUGAAGAUGUUGUCACCGGAGGGACGCUGCGCCGCUUUUGACGCUAGCGGUCGGGGCUAUGUCCGCGCUGAAGCUGUGGUGGCCGUGUUGCUGCAGCGCCGACGGGACGCGCGCCGCGUAUACUGCGCGGUGCGCGGCGCGAGCACAAACAACGACGGCUACAAGACGAGGGGAAUCACACACCCCGCUGGAGCGAUGCAACGCCGACUCGCCAAUGAGACUUUCGAGAAAGCGAACCUGCAACCGCAGGAUGUCGUGUACGUGGAAGCGCAUGGCACCGGCACAAAGGCGGGUGAUCCGGAGGAGCUAAAUGCAGUCGCGGAGCUGUACUGCAAGGGGCGGCAGUCGCCGCUGCUGGUGGGGUCGGUCAAGUCCAACAUGGGGCACGCGGAGCCCGCCUCGGGGCUCUGCGCCGUCGCCAAGGUGCUGCUGGCGAUGGAGCGCGGCCUCAUCCCCCCCAACCUGCAUUACGAGACUCCCAAUAAAAACAUCCCUGCGCUCAGUGACGGCCGCAUAAAGGUGGUGCACGAGAACACGCCAUGGUCCGGCGGGUUGGUUGCAAUGAACUCGUUCGGGUUCGGAGGUGCCAACGCGCACGUUAUCCUCGAGGGCGGGCGCGGGUGCCGCCCGCCGCCAGCCGAGUACCCAGCGCCGCGCCUCGUCCUGGCCUCGGGCCGCACCGACGAGGCCGUCGAACGGAUGCUCGAGUUGGCGGCCUCGCACCCGCGCGACGCUGAACUACAUGCUCUUAUAGACGCCGUGCACGCGCGAGCUAUUUCUGGGCACCCGCGCCGCGGGUACGCCGUGCUAGAUCCUGUAAUGUCGCGAGACCCUGUAAUGGAGGUGCUCGAGAGUGACAGUGAGCGCCCGAUCUGGUUCGUCUUCAGCGGCGUGGGCUCGCAGUGGUCCGGCGCGGGACGCGCGCUGCUGCGCCUCCCGGUGUUCGCGGCGAGCAUCGCGGGGUCUGCGGCGGCGCUUGCGGCAUACGACUUGGACCUCCACUACCUGCUCACGGAGGCGCCGGAGGCCGCCUUCGACGACGUCAUUAAUUGCUUCGUGUGCAUCACCGCAGUACAAGUAGCACUGGUGGAUAUGCUACGCGAGUUGCGCGUGCAUCCUGAUGGCAUCGUCGGCUCCUCGUGUGGGGAAAUAGGCUGCGCGUACGCGGACGGCACGUUGACGGCGGAGCAGGCGGUGCUGUGCGCGUACUGGCGCGGGCGCGCUGUGCGCGACGCGGCGCUGCCCGCGGGCGCCAUGGCCGCCGUCGGCGCGGCCUGGGACGCUGCCCGGCACCACUGCUCCGCUGACAUUCAAUGCGCUUGCUACAAUACUCCCCAAGAUAUCGUGAUAUCAGGCCCAUGUGCAUCGAUAGAGAAGGCCGUAGCGAGCCUGUCAGCAGCGGGCGUGUUCGCGCGCGAGUUGUCCCCUCGCGUGGCGUUCCACAGCUCGUACUGCGCGGCCGCCGCUCCGCUGCUGCUCGACCACCUGCUGCAGGUCAUCCCCGACCCGAAGCCGCGCAGCGCCCGCUGGCUGUCGACCUCAGUACCGCACCAUCAGUGGGGUUCAGAUCUGGAUCGGUUGAGCGACGCGGCAUACCAAGUGAAUAACUUGGUGUCGCCGGUGCGGCUGGCCGACGCGCUUGCGCGGGUGCCGGCGCGAGCGCUGGUGGUGGAGCUGGCGCCGCACGCGGUGCUGCAGGCGCCGCUGCGGCGCGCGCUGCCGGCAGCCGCGCACGUGCCGCUGCUGCGGCGCGGCGCGCCCGACCCCCUCCUGCACCUGCUCGCCGCCGUCGGCAAACUCUACGCUUUCGGCGCGCAACCACAGGUGUCGCGCCUGUAUCCGGCGGUUUCGUGGCCGGUGUCGCGCGGCACGCCAGCGCUGGCGCCACGCGUGCGCUGGGACCACUCCGCCGAGUGGCGCGUGGCCGACUUCAGCUCCGACCGCAGCGCCGGCGCCGGGACAGUCUUUCAGUACGACCUCGGCAAGUCCGAGAACGCGUUCAUCGCCGGGCACUGCAUCAACGGCAGAGUCCUUUUCCCUGCCACUGGAUACCUAGAAAUAGUGUGGCGAGCGGUAGCAAAGCUGAACAAUUUAGAGCUGGAGAAGACCUCAGUGGUGCUGGAGAACGUACAAUUCCGUCGCGCUACCAUCAUGGAGCCCAACGCGCCGUCGCGGUUUUUCGUCACGUUGCCAGACUCAGGAAGUUUUGAGAUUAACGAAGGCGGUGAAGUGGUGGUGACGGGCACGGUGCGGCUCACCAGCGACCCCGCCGCCGAGCGCCUGCCUUCUACUGCACUCGACGAGCCCGAUUAUAAGAUGGAACAACUGCUGCCUCUCGAAUCUGGAGAUAUUUACAAAGUGUUCCGCCUCCAAGGAUCCAACUACAAGGAUGUGUUUCGUGGAAUCAAGUUUGCAGACGCGCGCUUCACUCGCGGUCUGCUCGAAUGGUCUGACAACUGGAUCGCUUUUAUGGACACGAUGAUGCAGUUUUAUUACUUGAGCGAAGAUAGAAGUGGGAUGUACUUGCCGACACGUCUGCAGCGUGCGGUCAUCGACCCGGCGGCGCACCGAGCGGCGGUGACGGCGGCGUCUGGUGGUGCCGAUGCCGUGCCGAUCAGUUCGAGCCGUAGUGUUGGUGUCAUGGUAGCCGGCGGGAUUGAACUCCGAGGAGUGAAGUGGUCACUGGCGAUGCGCCGCAUCGACACCGCUUCGCCCAAGUUGGAGGAAUACGUGUUUAUCCCAUUGGUCGGAGCAUGCGUGGAGUUGGAAGCGCGGCAAGCGCUCACCGUCGCGCUGCAGCUGGUGGUGGAGAACUCCAGGUUGACAACGCUGAAGCUCUUCGAGCGCGCGCUGCGACGGCCCGCGGCAGAACUACUGUUGCCACACGCCAUCCUAGUACUAGCGGCGGAGCCGGGGGUUCGCGCAGACGCAGUGCUUUUGGCCGGCGUCGACGCACCGAUCUACGCCGACGCCGUGACUCCCCUCGGAAUCAAGGUAAGCAACGCAAGCCAGGAAAAGGACACGCCAGACGGUGGUGCUGGGAACAACUGGCAUGUGGCUUUGGGCACCGACGUGCUGGCACGCGGCGCGCCGGACGAACUGAGCGCCUUGUGCGGCCGCGCCGACUUCGUGCUGCUGCACGAGGCGGCGGGCGCGCUCGACGCCGACGGCGCGCAUGCGCAACUCAACGCAUGCGGACUCACACUAGUAUCGCGAGUGCACGCCGCGUCGCGUGAGUACGUGGUGCUGCGGCGCGUUCCGAAUGUCCCGGCGACGAAAAUCCUCAUAGAAGUGCACGAUGACGACUUCACCUGGGUAGAAAAUUUGAAGGUCGCCAUGAAGCGCGCCGAGAGCGAGGACUUGCGCGUGGUCGUGUGGUCGCGCGCGCCCGACUCCGGCGUGCUGGGGCUGGGCACGUGCUUGCGCCGCGAGCCCGGCGGCGCGCGCCUGCGCGUGUACCACGUGCCCGGCGCGCCGCACGCGUUCACCGCCGACGCGCCGGCGUACGACGCGCAGGUGCGGCGGGACCUGGCCUUCAACGUGCUGCGCUCCGGCGUCUGGGGCACCUACCGUCACCUGCCGCUCGAACACAUCGAGACACAACAGCCGGUGGAGCACGCGUACGUGAACGCUCUGACUCGAGGCGACCUGUCGUCGCUGCGGUGGAUCGAGAGCGACAUGCACCACGCGCUGCAGGCUCGCCCCGGCGCCAGUCUCUGCCGCGUCCACUGCGCGCCGCUCAACUUCCGCGACGUCAUGCUGGCCACCGGCAAGCUGCCGCCCGACGCGCUGCCAGGGCACCUCGCCGACCAGGAAUGUAUCCUCGGUUUAGAGUUCAGCGGGCUCUCGUCAACUGGUAACCGCGUGAUGGGCAUGGUGCCAGCCAAGGGUCUGGCGACCACGGUGCUAACCGAUGAAAGCUUUACUUGGGAGGUGCCAGCGCAGUGGUCGCUCGAGGAAGCGGCUACAGUACCCGUAGCGUACGCGACGGCAUACUACGCGCUGGUGGUGCGUGGCCGCAUGCAGCGCGGCGAGUCCGUACUGGUGCACGCGGGCGCGGGCGGCGUGGGCCAGGCCGCCAUCGCCGUGGCGCUGCACGCCGGCUGCACCGUCUACACCACCGUGGGCUCCACCGCCAAGCGCACCUUCCUCCGCGAGCGCUUCCCGCAACUACUGGACGCCAGUAUCGGCAACUCGCGCGACUGCUCGUUCGAGCAGCUCGUGCUGCGCAGCACCCGGGGCCGCGGCGUCGACCUCGUGCUCAACUCGCUCGCGGGCGAUAAGCUGCAAGCCUCCAUCCGGUGCCUCGCCGAAGGCGGCCGCUUUCUAGAGAUCGGUAAAGUGGACCUGAGCGCCGACACGGCGCUCGGCAUGGCCGUGCUGCUGAGGAACACGACGGUGCACGGCAUCCUGCUGGACGCGCUGCAGGGCCCGCGCGGCGACCGCGCCGAGAAGGCGGAGCUCGGCAAGUGCAUGGCCGAAGGUAUCGCCGCCGGAGUCGUGCGCCCGCUGCCAGUCACCAUUUUCGCCUAUAACCAGCUUGAGGAAGCCUUCCGCUACAUGUCGACGGGCAAGCACAUCGGCAAGGUCGUUAUUCGCGUGCGCGACGAACAGUCGGCGAACGAGAGGGCGAGGCUGCUGCUGCCGGCCGUGCCCCGCGUGUACAUGCAUCCCGGGAGGAGCUAUGUGUUCGUCGGCGGGCUGGGCGGCUUCGGUCUGGAGCUGUGCGAUUGGCUGGUGAGCCGAGGCGCGCGCACCGUCGUGCUCUCUUCGCGCAGUGGCGUGCGUACUGGCUACCAAUCCUGGUGCAUCCGCAGAUGGCGCUCGGCGGGCGUGGUAGUGCUGGUGUCGCAGGCGGACGCGGCGACGGCGGCGGGCGCGCGCGCGCUGCUGCGCGAGGCGGCGGCGGCGGCGCCGGUCGGCGGCAUCUUCAACCUCGCCGCCGUGCUGCGCGACGCCCUCCUCGAGAACCAGACGCCGGACACGUUUCGUGCCGUUGCAGAACCCAAAAUUAACGUGACACGCGAGCUGGACGCAGCUUCGCACGAGCUGGCGCCCGAGCUGAAGUACUUUGUGGUGUUCUCUUCGGUUGCUUGCGGUCGUGGCAACGUGGGCCAGAGCAACUACGGGCUCGCCAACAGCAGCAUGGAGCGGCUGGUGGAGCGGCGGCGCGCGGCCGGGCUGCCGGCGCUGGCGGUGCAGUGGGGCGCCGUCGGCGACGUGGGGCUCGCCGCCGACGCGUUUGGAGAAGACGCCGAGGUGGGCGGCACCGCGCCGCAGCGCAUCGCUUCAUGCCUGGCGACGCUGGAGACGCUGCUGCUCGCGCCGCGCGCCGCUGCCGUGCUGGGCUCGAUGGUGCUCGCCCCGGCCGGCGGCGGCGCCCGGGACAAGCCCACACAGGACCUCGUUCACGCCGUAGCCAAUAUCCUUGGCAUUAAGGACUUAAACAAAGUGUCCUCGACUGCGACCUUGUUGGAGUUAGGUCUGGACUCGCUGAUGGUCGCUGAAGUCAAGCAGUUGUUGGAGCGCAGUUACGGCACCGUGCUCGACGUGCAGGCGGUCCGCGCGCUCACGGUCGACGGGCUGCGCGGCCUGACCGGCGCGGGCGGCCCCUCCGCCGCCGCCGCCACCGCCGCGCCGACCGCCGACGCCGAGAUCGUACCCCGACACGUGCUGGUCAAACUGCCAUCGCUACCACCAGCGAAUUCUGAUCAUAAGCUGAUAUUCAUGGUACACCCGAUCGAGGGCGUAGCGGAGCAGCUGCGCGGCGUGGCGGCCCACGUGCGCGGCGCGGUGUUCGCCCUGCAGUGCACCAGGGCGGCGCCGCUGGCAGACAUGUCGGCCCUCGCGAGCUUCUACGUGGAACAAGUGCGCUCUGCGCAGCCGGAGCCGCCGUACACGCUCCUAGGCUACUCCUUCGGAGCCAGCGUAGCCUUCGAGAUGGCGCUGCAGCUGGAGCGCGGCGGCUGCGCGGCGCGGCUCGUGCUCGUCGACGGCUCGCCCGCCUACGUCGCCGAGACCAUCGCUAGUGCUGCUGAUAAACGCUUGCACACGGUGCAACUCGACGACGUCCACUUACUCGCCCAUUCGGGAAGAAUCCUUUUUGGUCUGGAUCUGACAAAGGUAGCGAGCGAGCUGGAGACACUCUCAAGUGCGACGGCGCGCCUGAGCCGUCUGCGCGAGAUGGCCGCUGCGGUCGGCGUGCGCGUGGAAAUGGAAGAGUUGCGCGACGCCGUGCAAGCGAUGUUACGUAGAGUCAUCAUCGCCCACGACUACCGGCCGGCCGCGCGUCUGCGGGGGCCCGUAACGUUGUUCAGAGCGCAGGAGAGCGACCACGAGUACGGGCUAGAAGCGGUGUGCGCGGGCGAGCUCCGCACGCGCCGGCUGCCCGCCACGCACCGCACCAUCGUCACCGGCAGCGCGGCGCGCGCUGUUGCCGACCACGUCUCCGAGUUACUCGAGCGACACUAACUCC